AUGCAGCUCACCAAGACCCUUCUCUUCUCUCUCGUCGGCACUGCCUUCGCCCUCCCUACCCAAGGCGAGAAGCGUCAACUGGCUACCAUCCAAGGCGCCAUUACCUCCGUUCAGACCUCUCUGACAAAGCUCGAUACCGCUGUGAAGGCCGCCAACGAUGCCAACACUGUCGCCGCCGUCCAGACCGCCGCAACCGAUGUUCAGACUGCCAUCACCAAGGCGCAGAGCGAUAUUGAGGGCGCCCAGGCUCUGCAGCUUCAGGAGGCACUUGGCCUUCAGCAGCUCGCCACUGACUUGACGACUGCCGCUACGACUACCGUCGAUGACAUUAUCGCCAAGAAGCCCACAUUUGACCAGCUCGGUGUCUCUCAGGUUGUUGCCCAGCAGCUCACCGCCCAGAAGCAGGCUUCCGCUGGUCUGGGUACUGCCAUCGUUUCUAAGGUUCCCGCCAUCGGCCAGGGUAUCGCUCAGCAAUCCGUUGAUCAGAUCACUGCCGCUCUCGAUAAGGGCAUCCAGGCCUACGGCGCCGGCGGCGCCGGCGGUGCCGGUGGUGCUGCUGCUUAA